AUGGUUAGAAUAACCACUCUCGUCUCCUUCGCCGCCUUCGUUGCCACCCUCUCACCAUCAAUUGUCGCAGUUCCAAUCCAACUCGAUGAUGAUCUCGUCAUACGAGAACCACACAUCGUAGACUCUGCGGUGGAAAGGGAGUUCGAUAACGUUGACCUCCUGGAACGUGAACCCAUUUUUGGAUAUGCUGCCAAAGAUCGCUGCGGUUUUGGCGGUGGGGCCAAAGGAAGGCGUGACUUCCAGAGUCUGUACGACCUCCUGGAGCGUGACUACGACGGUAUCGAGCUCUUAGAACGGGAACCUAUUUUCGGAAACAUUCUGUCCGGUGUAUUAACGGGCGUCGGUAACAUCAUCAAAGCAGUGAAGGGGAAGCGCUCUUUCGAUGACCGUGAACUAUAUCAGCGUGGUUUCUAUGAUGACCUCGAACUCUUGGAUCGUGAAUUUGACUUUGAGCAAGAGCAACUCUAG